GAAAUUAACCCCUUUUUUUCUUAUACCCACAUUAGUUUCUUUCAAUGAAAUUCAAAUUCUCAAGAGAAUAAACAACAUAAAACGUAAUCACGCCUAUUAAGAAAAUACAUAAAAACGCGUUCCUCAAAACCAUAUAACUGCUUACCAGAUCUUCAGCCACGGCAGUUUCUUUUCCACCACCACAGACACCAUGAGAAACAACAUUGAGCUGCGCUACUGAGAGAAAAAUGGCGCUCGCGACUCCUCAUCCUUGGCCGCGUCUAUUUUCCGUCGUCGAUUACUGAAUUCGCCUCCCGGAGAUACCUCGCUUCUCGUGACGGCGUGCCUUUCUCGCUGCUUCUUCCUCUUUCUCUCACCUAUUCCUUUUAUUUUGCUCAAUUAACUAGUUGUCUAUCGCGCUUUUCAGCACAGUUGCUCCAGAAGACUACAAAGUGAUCGAAAUUAUUGCUCUCCGCUUCCUGUGUGAAACAUCUCUUGAAAAUGGAGAAAGAAAAGCCCAAUGACAAAAUACUCAGCUACAACGAUGUUGUUCUGAGGCGAUCAGAUCUCGACAUUCUGAGUGGCCGGUAUUUUCUCAAUGAUCGCAUAAUUGAAUUCUACUUUAGCUACCUCACAUCCUGCUAUCCGUCUGAGGAUAUCCUCCUGGUGCCGCCUUCAAUUUCUUUCUGGAUCAAAGAGUGCCCCGACAGUGCCAGCCUCAAAGAUUUCGUGGAACCCCUUCAUCUGUCCACAAAAAAGCUGAUAAUAUUCCCAAUCAAUGACAACGAAGACGUGACUAGGGCAGAAGGCGGGAGUCACUGGAGCUUACUCGUGUUUGAGAGAGACACUAAUGCUUUUGUGCAUCACGACAGCAGCAAAUCAAGCUUCAAUACUGCAGACGCUAAGAGGGUGUACAAAGCUGUAGCUUCUUACACAUCAUCCCGUGCCACUUAUCUUGACUGCCCGAGUUCCCCAAAGCAGGUGAACGGAUAUGACUGUGGCCUGUACGUUACAGCCAUUUCAAGAUCAAUCUGCGAGUGGUACUUCAGCGAGGCACCAAAGGAUGUGGAGGAUCUGUGGUUUCCCACAAUCACAGAGCAGGUAACUCCGUCUCUCGUCUCCAACAUGCGACGUGAAAUCCUUGAACUUGUGCGGAGCCUUAUGGGUAUGCCGUAAAAUCUGUGUUUGCAUCUAUCUUUUGCAUCGUUUUUACUCUUUUCCGAUGGAUUAGCUGCCUUUAAAACCAUGGCAUUUAGCCCGCAUCACAACAUGACACUGUAAAAGUUUAGAAUCUCAUCACCACCUUUCGUGAUUUUGCAAUUGCAACACCUCUAAACUUUCAUCUGCCUAAA